GCACAUGUGCAAUGUUGAUUUCCCUACACUGUAGGUGUGGUGCCACAUAGCGAACCUGUGCCUUUAGUGCACACGUUUAAAUGUCAUUGUGAACACUAAACAAUCAGCAAACUUAGCUAUAACUGUAGGGAGAUUCGGGACGUUAUUUCAAGCAGUUAUUCUGACGUUUCCCGUCCUUCGGAGGAUGUACACUGAACAGAAGAUCAUGAAGGUUUUCAUAACAAGACGCAUCCCACAGGAGGGAUUGAAGAUUUUGUCACAGGCUGGAGUAUGUAAGGUUUUAAUGUGGGACUCGGAUGAGCCUGUUUCAAGGGCGGAGCUUCUGAAGGGCGUGGCGGGGGCCCAUGGGCUGCUGUGUCUCCUGUCGGACAAGAUCGACACUGAAGUUCUGGACGCAGCAGGUCCAAACCUGAAGGUGAUAAGUACCUUAUCUGUUGGAUUUGACCACAUGGCCAUGGAUGAGAUCAAGAAACGUCAGCAACUCUUAUUGUGCCGUCCUCUCCAUGUUCUGUGCAGAGGGGUGCGUGUGGGCUAUACUCCAGGCGUCCCGACUGAUGCCACGGCGGAGCUGACCGUCGCCCUGCUCCUGGCUACAGCUCGGCGGCUACCAGAGGGAAUGGUGGAGGUUAUAAAUGGAGGCUGGAGCACCUGGAAACCUCUGUGGUUGUGUGGUUAUGGUCUGUCAGGCAGCACUGUUGGGGUUAUUGGACUGGGACGCAUAGGUAUGGCCAUAGCCAGGAGGCUGAAACCGUUUGGAGUGAAGAAGCUCCUGUACUCUGGAAGAACAGACAAAUCAUAUGCUGCUGAAGUGGAAGGAGAAUACGUGCCCUUGGACACGCUGGUGUCUGAGAGUGAUUUUGUUGUGGUGUCCUGCGCCCUCACACCAGAUACCCAGGGGCUGUGUAACAAGGAUUUCUUCUGCAAGAUGAAGAACACGGCUGUCUUCAUCAACACCAGCAGGGGUGCAGUAGUGAAUCAGGAGGAUCUGUAUCAGGCUCUGUCCAGUGGUCAGAUAGCUUGCGCUGGGCUGGAUGUCACAACCCCAGAACCACUCCCCACCGACCACCCCCUCCUCACCCUCAAAAACUGUGUGGUCUUACCCCACAUUGGCAGUGCCAUCUACUCCACACGUGGCAUCAUGGCAGAGCUGUCCGCCAACAACCUGCUGGCAGGCCUACAGGGCACAGACAUGCCCAGCGAACUCAAAUUCUAGUGCUGCUCUACGACUAUACAACUCUGCCUCUGUCCCCUCCUUAGAAUAAUUUUGGUCACCCAAUCAGUAAUCAUUACCAGGAAGGUUAGAGCCGUAAGUGACCAGGAAAUACAUCUGUGAUGGAGUAUUGCAGUUGUAUUAACAUGCUCUCCAAACAUGAAGGUCAACCUUUGCCUCUCGCUCUUAGAUCUUACAAUGUUUAAAGAAAUAACACAUUUGUGGUAUUUGACUUGAAUUUUAAAGGAGGAAGUGUAUAGUAUUGACGUUUUGAGAACAUGCCUUGGCACUCUCUGACAGCACUCCUAAGGGUCAGCUAUGGCUUCCUUUGAAAGACGUAGAUAAGCACCACAAUGAGUGCACACACUACUAAUUAAUUACAGUGGCAUUCUUGUUCUUAUGAAACACUUUAAUGUACAACAUACUUAACUAAAAUAGUAAAUUAGUAGUUGUGAUGGUAAUGUUCUGUUGUUCUCAUUCCAGUUGAGAUGUGUGUUUAACAUAUUGAGAUGGAUCUCAGUUGUCUAGUUGUGGAUAAGAUACAGUGCCUUGCGAAAGUAUUCAGCCCCCUUGAACUUUGCGACCUUUUGCCACGUUUCAGGCUUCAAACAUAAAGAUAUAAAACUGUAUUUUUUUUUGUGAAGAAUCAACAACAAGUGGGACACAAUCAUGAAGUGGAACGACAUUUAUUGGAUAUUUCAAACUUUUUUAACAAAUCAAAAACUGAAAAAUUGGGUGUGCAAAAUUAUUCAGCCCCUUUACUUUCAGUGCAGCAAACUCUCUCCAGAAGUUCAGUGAGGAUCUCUGAAUGAUCCAAUGUUGACCUAAAUGACUAAUGAUGAUAAAUACAAUCCACGUGUGUGUAAUCAAGUCUCCGUAUAAAUGCACCUGCACUGUGAUAGUCUCAGAGGUCCGUUAAAAGCGCAGAGAGCAUCAUGAAGAACAAGGACCACACCAGGCAGGUCCGAGAUACUGUUGUGAAGAAGUUUAAAGCCGGAUUUGGAUACAAAAAGAUUUCCCAAGCUUUAAACAUCCCAAGGAGCACUGUGCAAGCGAUAAUAUUGCAAUGGAAGGAGUAUCAGACCACUGCAAAUCUACCAAGACCUGGCCGUCCCUCUAAACUUUCAGCUCAUACAAGGAGAAGACUGAUCAGAGAUGCAGCCAAGAGGCCCAUGAUCACUCUGGAUGAACUGCAGAGAUCUACAGCUGAGGUGGGAGACUCUGUCCAUAGGACAACAAUCAGUCGUAUAUUUCACAAAUCUGGCCUUUAUGGAAGAGUGGCAAGAAGAAAGCCAUUUCUUAAAGAUAUCCAUAAAAAGUGUUGUUUAAAGUUUGCCACAAGCCACCUGGGAGACACACCAAACAUGUGGAAGAAGGUGCUCUGGUCAGAUGAAACCAAAAUUGAACUUUUUGGCAACGAUGCAAAACCUUAUGUUUGGCGUAAAAGCAACACAGCUCAUCACCCUGAAUACACCAUCCCCACUGUCAAACAUGGUGGUGGCAGCAUCAUGGUUUGGGCCUGCUUUUCUUCAGCAGGGACAGGGAAGAUGGUUAAAAUUGAUGGGAAGAUGGAUGGAGCCAAAUACAGGACCAUUCUGGAAGAAAACCUGAUGGAGUCUGCAAAAGACCUGAGACUGGGACGGAGAUUUGUCUUCCAACAAGACAAUCAUCCAAAACAUAAAGCAAAAUCUACAAUGGAAUGGUUAAAAAAUAAACAUAUCCAGGUGUUAGAAUGGCCAAGUCAAAGUCCAGACCUGAAUCCAAUCAAGAAUCUGUGGAAAGAACUGAAAACUGCUGUUCACAAAUGCUCUCCAUCCAACCUCACUGAGCUCGAGCUGUUUUGCAAGGAGGAAUGGGAAAAAAUACCAGCAACAGUGUGUGAAAACCUUGUGAAGACUUACAGAAAACGUUUGACCUUUGUCAUUGCCAACAAAGGGUAUAUAACAAAGUAUUAAGAUAAACUUUUGUUAUUGACCAAAUACUUAUUUUCCACGAUAAUCUGCAAAUAAAUUCAUUAAAAAUCCUACAA